AUGACGGCAGCUAAGUCGCAUACGAAUAGCGGCAACGCUGGGAGGCUCUCCAAGAUUAUAAUCGUUGGCGCAGGACCAUCUGGACUAUUACUUGCAAUUUUAUUAGCGAAGCACGGAGUCAAUGUCGAGCUGCUCGAAGCCACCGAGAAACUCGACGAACAACCACGAGCCGCCCAUUAUGCCUCUCCCGCGGUAUACGAGCUUCGUCGUGCAGGUGUCAUCGACGAUGUGAUCGAACGCGGCUUCAAACCAUCAAAUGCGUGCUGGCGUAAAGCCAACGGCGAGAUCAUCACUGGAAUGAGAUUUGACGUCGUUCCUGAUGACCCCGAGCGGAUGGUCGUACUACCCCUGGACCGUCUCGGCAAGCUAUUGUAUGCCCAUCUCCAAAGACAACCGCUCGCAAAAGUUCAUUGGGGUCAUCGUGUCACGGAAAUCGGCGAGGAAAACGGAAAAGCUUGGGUGAAAGCUGAGACUACAUUAGGACCAGCCAAAUUUGAGGGUGAGUAUGUGAUUGGUGCCGACGGCGCAAACAGUACGGUUCGAAAGUUGUUAUUUGGACCGAACAGCUUCGAGGGGGAGACGUUGGACGCAGCCAUAAUUGCCACUAAUGUGAUACACGACUUUACCCAGUAUGGAUAUUGGGAUACAAACUAUAUUGUGGAUCCCAAGAACUGGCACAUGGUUGCAAAAAUAGGACGAGACGAUCAUCUAUAUCGGGUGUCCUACAGCGAAGUACCCGGAUUGACAGCCGAAGAAUAUAAGCGACGACAACCGGCUCGUUAUAAGGAGAUAUUGCCAGGAAGUCCAGAACCUUCGGAAUAUACCAUCACCAACAUCAGCCCGUACAAGUUGCAGCAACGAUGUGCACCUUCAUUCCGUAAAGGAAAGUUCGUGUUGAUUGCUGAUGCCGCACAUGUGUGCAAUCCUUUUGGUGGACUUGGUUUGACAGGAGGUAUCGCAGAUCUAGGGAGUCUUUUUGACUGUCUGAUUGGAAUACAUCAAGGCCUCGCUGACGACGACAUCCUUGAUCGAUAUGCCGAAAUCCGUCGAAAGAUCUAUUUUGACGUUAUUGAUCCUCUGUCAAGGGAAAAUUUCCGCCGACUUUGGGCUCAAGACCCGGACAAAGCAAAGGAGAAUGACGAGUUCUUCAAAGUACUCGACAGAGCAGAAAAGGAUCAAGAACUGGCAAAGGAGCUGACUUUGGGCCUGAAUAUCCUUCGACAUGACUUCACCCAUCACUUACUAGUCAACACGAUGGCUGAUCUACUUUCACGCCUUCCCCUUGAGGUCCAGCAAAUGGUCUUUGACAUCCUUCACGCGAACAGCAUCAAGGAGGAGUUGACACCUUUUCUCGUGGUGAACAAGUACUGGUUUGUCCACAUUAGUCGACGGAUCUACAGAGAGGCCAAGUUGCACACAAUCUGGCAGCUGCGUGACUCUCCAAAUGCUGAACACUAUUUGUCUAUUAUUCGCUGCUUGACUUUUGGACUCGGUGAUCAUACUUAUCAUCAUGAAAUCAUCGAAAAAUGGGCACAACCACCCCUCCACAAUCUUGAGAAGGUUUCCUUCGUGCCUGGCGCUGUGUUUCAAGGUCACGAGGUCGAUUACAUUAUUCCAUACCUUCAGCCCAGUAUUUCAACCGUUCAGUUGUUUGGUGUUCGCUGGACUUUGCAGCUACUAUCAGCAUUGCACGAGAUGUGCAAAGGUCUCAAAGAACUGAGCAUCAAGUACCCAUUCAAAGGCAAAGACUUUAGUUUCAACGCGCAAAGCUUUGACUCCUGGCUUCAAGCUUUUCCAUCACUUAGCUCCAUCUCUGUCUUCUACACGGAUGGCAAUGGAAACGAAAAGCCUGCCAGCAAUGCUUGGACCAAGCUGUUCUCUCAACCAACAUUGCGCAGUCUUUUGAAUAGACCUCUUCGCCGCCUCCGCAUCGAACACCGAUUGGAAGAUUGGAAAUCUUUAUCCAACAGCGCUGCAUUCAGUUCCUUGCGGGAGCUGAGCAUUAUUGCGAGACUCAAGGACAUUGCCAGACUAUCGGAAUUGGCAGAUUUACGAAAGCUGCAUAUUCUGGUUAAUGACGAGCCUCAAGCGGAACAGCGGGAAGUCAUCACGCCCCUUUGCUCAAUGACUGGACUGAAGUCUCUGAGGGUUAUCUUUGUCAAACUACACAAGCUUUACGCCAGCGAAGUCAUGUCGUUGACGAGUCUCUCAAACUUGGAAGAGCUUGAUAUUUUCAAUAGUCAUCAGGAAACUAUCGUCACCGACAAUAGCGAUAUCGACGACGCUAACGACGAUGAUGAGACGGAACGUCGUCGCUACACGCCCAUUCAGAUCCUGCCGUCCUUCGAUGAGAAUGACUUUGACGUGCUGGCAUCGUCGCUUCCCAAGUUGCGUCAUGUAUGCUUGUUGUUCGACUGGAUGCCAAAUAGCUACCAUGUCCUCAAAUCUGCUGCGUACCUUUGGCGUGAGCUAGAAUAUCUAUGCCUUGGCUACAACAUAGACCUCCCAGAAGCCAUAAAAAUGGCACGAAACAGCGAUGCUGUCUUUCCAUAUAUGAAGCAGUUUAUGAAGGUGCGGGCUUGUAUUGGAGAUCUGGCCCCUGACACUGAGGCCAUACGAGGCGAUCGUGAUGCUCGCUCGAAAUAUGUCGGUAAAGUCUGUCGACACCUCAAGGCCGCUUUCCCUCGGCUUGAAGGCAUCAAAUUCCGGAAAUUCACCAUCCAGGACGAGAUUCCCGACCAUCAGGAAAUCGUAAUUUCGAAGGAUAUGAUGACUGAUGCUCUUGAUGACAAAGAGCAAGGCUGGCGGUGGUCUCGUUACGGUGUAGAUGCAAAUUGGGAUUUUGGUUAUGUUGUUUGA